CCGUAUUUACAUAUGUGCAUAAAUAUGUACUGGUCCCGAUCGCUUUUGAUCAGCUGCUCAGUUUCACCUCGUCAUCCAACCGCACAGCCAGCACAAGAGAAUCUCCGGGCUUCGGGCUUCCAAGUUUCGGUUCUCUUUGGGAAAAACAGUUGUUAUUUUGUGUUUAUGAAAGCCUCCAGUACUUCAAUUAACUAUGUGUUUCUUGGCAAUGCAUAAUACUAUUAUUAAUAACGGGAACCAAGUGAAAUGUGUGCGAAACCAUAGCCCAACUGUUUUUUCAAUAUAAAACAUUUGAAAAGUACAUGUAAAUACAUACACUUGCUUAGUGUUCAAAAUAGAAUCCGACUGCACAUAUGUGUGAAUAUAAAUAAAUACCAAUAGAUAAUUAUAUAUGUACUUAUGUACAAUUGCACUCCACAACGGUUUGAACGAAAAUCAUGCUGGCCAAUGGGUUCUGCGGUUGGAAGACUCACGACCAAUAUCAUCAUACCUCAAUCAAUGACACCGCCACUUUAAAUGAAAAAACUAAACAAAACCGGCCAGUCACUGCUAUUCACAUAAGAGUAUACCCUGACGACAUAGGUUUUCCAGUUCCUUGCAAAGUUUUUUGGGACUGCAAAACGAGAAAAAACAGACGAAUGAUUAUAUUUGGAAAUUCGAGAUGCCAUUUUCUUGUAAACCAAUGCGUCGCAGUCGCCGUGCUUUUAGUUUUAGCGGCUGCACGCUGUGCAUUUGCGCAGACAGAAAUGAAAGGCUUUAGCAAUUCUUCCAAUGUCAGCGGAAGUCCGGAAAUUGUUUUGUUGGGUAACGAAAAAAACAUAAGUGCAAACGUACUUUUCGAAAAAAAUGAAUCGUUACCAAUCUCUGAGGAGAGUCAAAGUAAUGAAAAUACGGCACUAUUCCAAAUGGAAGUACAAAAUAAGCUGGGGAAAAAGACUUCCUCCUUACCAACGGAAGCAGUUUCAGGAGAUUUUACAAGAGUUCAAAGCGUGUCGAUGUACCGCAAUACCUUACUCAACAUAGAAAGCAUGCUACAACGUCAACUGCGUGAAAAAACCAAAGAGGACAGUUUGGAGUCAAUCAAAAUGCACAUACUUAUGCGUUUGAAUCUAAAGAAACUUCCCAAUAUAACAAAACCAAUUUCAGUACCACAAAAUAUACUAGACAACUUCUAUAAAGAUUAUAAUACGUCCUCGAAAACCCCAGUUUGGAGUCGUAUGGCAAACACGGACGAAUCUCAUUUAAUGCCAAAAUCAACAAUUCCGGAAAGUGUGAAACCAAACGACACUUUUGACAGCGACACCAUGAGUGAAUUAUUCGAUGAAAGUUCGUCCUCCCAAAUGCAAGGAGAUGAUGCUAACACUGUUAACGAAUUUCAAUUUAUGCACGGACUAGAUCUGAAUGAAAACCAAGAUAAAAAAUCUGAAAUUCCCAUUGAUCAUAACGCGGAGGAUAACGAAAGUAUUCUUUCACACAUAAGCAGCAUUUACAUUUUCCCUGAACAAAUUCAACCCCAUGUCCGACACAAUCGCAAGGCCGAUGUUCUUCGGUUUAAAAUUGACAGUACCUACUCGGACUUAUCAUACGCUACGCUUCAUCUAUAUUUACGUGGCUGGGACUGGAUAAACAGCAAUCAGCCAGAACUCAUUGAAGAGAUUAAAAGCCAGCCGAGUAAAGAUAUUGUUGUGACUAUUCACCGUGUUGCAAGACGUGCAAAUACUACGAGCUUUGCCCAUAAAGCCAAGAUAUUCGAGUUUCGUAAAAGUAUUCCUUCGGGAAUUGGGCAAUGGGUUAACGUUGACUUAAAAUCUCUGUUUGUUGAUCUUGAGUCAAAUAGGACGCAGGAAAUUCUAAUAAAAGGAGCUGAAUCCUGGAUGAAGCCAUUAGUAGUGACUACCGAUAACACAUCAAAGAAUCCAUUGACAGUUCACAUAGAAAUUGGGUCACAAAAAAAGCAUCGAAGAAAGCGCAGCGUAUAUAUGGACUGCACAGAGAAUGAUCAUGACAUGCGAUGUUGUCGAUAUCCACUUAAAGUUAACUUCACCAGCUUUGGAUGGCAUUUUGUGGUAGCACCAACGUCGUUUGAUGCGUACUUCUGCAGUGGAGACUGCAAAGUUGGCUACCUAGAGCAAUAUCCCCACACACAUUUAGCAGCUUUAACGACGUCGGCCACUCCGUGUUGCUCGCCAAUAAAAAUGAGUUCCUUAAGUUUGUUAUAUUUUGACGACAACCAUAAUCUGGUGUUGAGUGUUAUACCAAACAUGUCUGUUGAGGGUUGCAGCUGUUCCUAGCGGACAGAAUGAAGACAACUCCAAAGUUGUGUUUUACUAUAGAACUUAUAAUAAUUGUAUGUAAAUAAAUGCACAUAGGGGAAAAUACUGAGCUGUUUGAAAGAGCAAGUAAGACGCCCCCACAUUUAAAAAAUAUAUAAAUAUAUUUGUAACCGUAAGAAAAAUCGGAUUGCAUGCUAUUAUUAAAUAUAAUAUUUACCGUUAGGAGUCGCUUCUAAAGAUUUUUUAAGUUAAAAUACAAGUUGCAGUUAAAGAAGGGAGAAGGCUUACUGCUAAAUGUGGUAUUUUUUAGCAUACUUCCUACGAAUAGCUCUUGAGAAAAAUAUGAAUAUGUGAAAUAUGUAUAUCACUCCGGUGAUUUUAAGUAAAAAGCCAAAUAUAAAACAUUUUAAAUAAAAAGUUUGAGAAACUAA